AUGGCGGCGCUCAGUGAGCGGGGAGAGAAGAUGAUCACCAUCAUCUCGGUGCUGAUCAGUCUCUCUCUCAUAUGCGUCAUUCUACGAAUCUUUGCGCGGAUAAAAAGAAGGAUCGGUUUUGGCAUGGACGAUUAUCUGUGUUUUGUGGCCACUAUCGCGCUGAUUUCUAUGCUGAUAGAAUUGGUCCUGUGGUGCACUAUUGGAGGCAAUGGUGAACAUAUAGGCGAUCUAAGCAAUCACACUCUGGUCUUGUUUUCGCAGAUCUUUAUCGCAAACCAAUUCUCCUACUUCCUGCUCUGUCCAACGCUAAAGAUAUCCAUCAUCUGCUUCUAUCGACGCGUAUUCUCCGUUCCGAUGUUCCAAAAAAUUACAAUGGGGUUGAACUGCCUUAUCGCCGCAUGGGGUACCGGCAUAUUUCUCGCUUGCGCGCUGCAAUGCAGACCGCUGAAUGCGUUUUGGGACCGGUCCAUCGACGGCCAUUGCUUCAACUUGAACACAUUCAUUAUCGUGAACCAGGCCUUCAAUGUCGUUAUGGACUUUGUUAUUCUAUUUCUGCCCAUCCCGAUGAUUUGGCGCCUGCAUAUGAGCACACGAGACAAAAUUGCGUUGAAUGGGGUAUUCGCGCUUGGCGGCUUUGUUUGUUUCGCGAGUAUAUACCGCAUCGUAACUCUAUUCUAUAUCAGUAGCUCAGACGAGUCUUAUACUGUCUACCAGGCAACUCUCUGGACUCACAUCGAGCCAUCAGUCGGUCUUAUAUGCGCCUGUCUCCCUACUAUUCGAGGCCUCUUUCCAGCAGGGAAACUGUCCCGGAAUACUAACGGCCCUUCGGAUUACAUUAAUUCAAAUGGAUGGAGUGGUUCCAAGUCAGGGAACUUCGUCGACACUCCCAAGAAGGCUGCCUUUGAGCGUCGUGACCACGAGCUAGAUCCGAUCAUUAGAGACGACAUUGACAGUGAGAGGAGUUUGGUGGCCAAUGGUGUCGGCCGUGGCACCAGGUUCAACGCGAUGAAUAUCAACGUUCAGACGGAGAUUCGCAUUCAGUCUGAGGCGGCGCAGGAGGAACAGAAAAGGGAAGAGUACGGUGGCACACUCAACGGCGAACAAAUACAUGGACAAGGGUUAGGGUUAUACGAACGCCCUUGA